AUGUUCACGUCGAUGAAAGUUGUCACGUUCUUUGCAUUGAUUUCUUCUAUCUUCUUUGCAAUCGGUAUGAUUGUUAUCUUGCAAUUCACGAUUCGACAGCCAACACAAUGGGACAAGCUGCCCGCUUACACCGACUUCACCGGGACAACGAUGAUGAUCGGGAUUUUGAUAUGUGGCGUCCUGCCGACAACAAUGCUCACCUGUGGAUCAAUCAUGACGGGGCUUGGCUUUUUUGGAUAUACCGGUUUUGGGGAUAAAAUAGCGCCAUCUAUCACGAGCAAUGUGCCAAAAGAUGGACUCUACUCGUCUGUCAAUGUUUCUCUAAUGAUUCAAACUGUUCUCGUGCAUUCAUUUGCUUUAUUUGUCAUCAUCGAAGUCUUUUAUCCGGGUUUUCAGCGAAGGGUACACGAGCGUUACCCAAAAACGCCAAACAUUCUCUUGGAUAAAGGAUACAGAUUGUUUUGGGUACUAUUAACGUAUUUUUUGGCAAUUGGUAUACCAAAUCUCGAAAUAAUGAUCCCGUUGGUUGGGGUCACAUCGGGGACACUUUGUGCUCUCGUAUACCCACCGCUAUUCGAAAUUUUGACAUUUUGGCACGAAUGGCAGCGUUCAAUGGGAUAUUGUCAACGUAUCUCGAAAGUUUUGUGGAACUGCUUCUGUGUCUGUAUCGGAAUUUGUGCCAUCUGCGCCGGAGUCUACUCAAAUGUUUUGGCCAUCAUUGAAGCCUUUCAUCCAGGAAAAACCCAGCUAUCAGCG